CUCCAACCCUUAAACAUUUGCAGUCGCCCAAUAGCACUAGUCCCUUCCUCUCUCCCUCCGUUCGUUGGUUCUCAGAUUCCGCCAUGGCGACUGGAGCUGCACCGCCGCGCCAACUCUCGCAGAAGGAGGCCGACAUUCAGAUGAUGUUGGCCGCCGAGGUUCAUCUUGGCACAAAAAACUCAGAUUUCCAAAUGGAACGAUACAUUUUCAAGCGCCGGAAUGAUGGAAUCUACAUCAUCAACCUUGGUAAGACUUGGGAGAAACUUCAGCUGGCUGCUAGAGUUAUUGUGGCUAUCGAGAAUCCUCAAGAUAUCAUUGUUCAGUCUGCUAGGCCUUAUGGUCAGAGGGCUGUUUUGAAGUUUGCUCAGUACACUGGUGCUCAUGCAAUAGCUGGGAGGCACACUCCUGGAACGUUCACCAACCAGCUUCAGACCUCAUUCAAUGAACCGCGUCUUCUUAUACUUACUGAUCCUAGAACUGAUCAUCAGCCAAUUAAGGAGGCUGCCCUUGGGAACAUUCCUACGAUUGCCUUUUGUGACACCGACUCCCCAAUGCGAUAUGUUGAUAUUGGAAUUCCGGCUAACAACAAGGGGAAACACAGCAUAGGAUGUCUGUUCUGGCUUUUGGCAAGGAUGGUUCUACAAAUGCGUGGAACAAUUCGUGCUGGGCACAAAUGGGAUGUGAUGGUGGAUUUGUUUUUCUACCGUGAGCCUGAGGAGGCUAAGGAGCAAGAAGAGGAAGAGGCUGCUGCGCCCCCGGAUUAUGGCAUUGCAGACUUUGGUGCUGCUCCACUUGUUGCCUCAGAUCAAUGGGCUGGACAAAUUCCUGAUGCUCAGUGGGGUGCCCCAGAUGUGGUUGU